AAACAGGAUUAUAGUGAAGAGGAUAGUGAAUUAGAUCCUUUAGAAAAAAAACAAAUGGAAGCUAAAGCGGUUAUUGAGGCUGACCUUGAAAACGCAGAAGGAAUGUUUAAGGGUGUCACAAUUAGAG